AAGGUCAUCCUAUAACAAGAAAUCAACCAACUGGCUUAAAAUAGAUGACACGUGUCAACUGAUAACAAAAUGUUGAAAACCGAGACCACAAUUUGUAUGACGUCGUAGGAACUUUGUGAUAAAAUGUUGACAAGAUCUUUGUUAUUUCUUUUUGCCAGCGUUACCUUGGUGACGUCACAACAAUGUAACGACAUUGACACAGGAGCUUGUAAACUCCUACUGGUCCAGAGACCAGACUUAUGCUCCGAUCCAGUCCUAGCCAAAUCUACGUGCCCUAGAUUUUGCAAAUUGUGCCCCGUUGAAUGUUACCACUGCAAUGCUACUGUGUUAGAUUAUCACCUCUGCAACACUACAAAACUAUGUGCAGAAAACGAGGUAUGUAUGAAAAAGGAGUUGAAAUCGUUUGUUGACGGACAUCAUGAGUAUGAAAUGACGUGUGCUGCAAAACAGAUAUGUGAUGGUGGAGGUGACUUGGUCAUUCCAUUUGGAAAACGUGAUAUUGAAUCACGAGAUAUAUCGGUCACAUGUUGUGCGGAUGACCUUUGUAAUUAUCCAAAAAUCACUGCAACAACUUCAAAACCAUCAUCAACUUCAACCGGUUGUGACAAAGACAUUGUUUUCCUUGUUGAUGAAACAUCCGCUGUUGUAAGUACGCAACAGCAAGCCGUCAUUCAAACUAUUAUUGAUGUCGUGAAGAAGUUGGACAUUGGGGUGCAAAAUAAUCUAGUUGGUCUCUAUGGUUAUGGCGACAAUCUCGAUCCAAAAUUCGAUCUUCAACAGAACACUGACAAACUAAGUCUACUGACGGCACUUCAGUUUCAACAGUUUCGUACCAAAGACCGUACCUCUGAUAUACAUGACGCUAUCCAUGGUCUAACCCAUCACGCAUUACAACCAGGUUCCGGAGAUAGAUCCAACUACCCUGAUGCAGUUGUCCUUAUCUCGGAUUCAGCUAUUUCCGGCCACGUUCAUGGUAUGCUUAGAGAUCGCUCUGACCUCCAGAAAGCUAGUCACGAUGUGAUCAUUGUAAGUGUUGGUACCCGGUUUCAAUCUCUAAAUGGACACAACCUGGAGACAUUUGCAACUGAUCAAAAUCACAUCAUUCACGUUAAUGAUAUGUACACCUCUACAAACCUCGUAGACUCGAUUGUUGCAUUGUUGAAAAUAUGUUAAAAAAAACAUUAAAGAAUAAAAUGUA